ACUUCGCUAUCUUUGGCAUAAAUUAGAUGAGCGUAAGCAUACACUACACUACAUUCGUGAAAAAAUGGCAGCUGACGAAUAGAAAAAAGUGGAUCUUCACUCGGAAAAAAAGACGGCACUUGAUUAAGCUGAAAAAUAAACAAACUGGCUGAAUAUCCUCCACCCUGUUUCUCACCAUAAAAGCACCACCUUUCUGGUCAUCUGACAACAUGGGAAAGACUCCGCUAAAAGAUCAAAAAGAUGGUAAAAGGGAGAAACCAGGAAAAACAGUUCCUCCACCAGGUACAACCCCUGCCACAACUAAAGAUGCUUUCAGCUGGGAAGAAUAUCUAAAAGAGACGUCAUCCACACCAGCUCCACCAAGCUGUUUUCGUCAGGCCAGAGUCCCCCCCUCCAAUGACUUCAAGGUGGGAAUGAAGCUGGAAGCCCACGAUCCGCGGAAUUCCACCUCAGUUUGCAUUGCCACAGUGAUGGGUCUAACCGGGGUUCGUCUGCGCCUCCGCCUGGACGGGAGUGACAACAGCAACGACUUCUGGCGGCUGGUUGACUCCUCUGACAUCCAACCUAUUGGCACCUGUGAGAAGAACGGAGACAUGCUGCAGCCACCGCUGGGGUUUCGAAUGAACGCCUCCUCUUGGCCCAUGUUUCUGUUGAGAACCUUGAAUGGAGCAGAGAUGGCGCCAGUAACAGCCUUUAAAAAGGAACCUCCAAGACCGCUCCAAAAUAAUUUCAAGUCAGGCAUGAAGCUGGAGGCCGUGGACAAGAAGAACCCUUACCUCAUCUGCCCUGCAACCAUCGGAGAGGUGAAAGGCGAUGAGGUGUUUAUAAUGUUCGAUGGGUGGCGGGGUGCCUUUGAUUACUGGUGCAAAUACGACUCCCGGGACAUCUUCCCUGUGGGCUGGUGCUCCCUCACGAAGCACAGCCUCCAGCCGCCAGGCAACAGUGUAACUCUUCCAAAGAACCUGCAGAUUCUUCCAUCUUCACCCUCCAAACCCAGCAGACGAUCCAUACAGCCCCCCUACAGACUCCCCAACCCUCUGCCCCCUCUGCCUGUCAGGAAGGGGGUACGAGGCCGUCGGCCUAAAAGUGAGACCAUCGCUUUGCUCAAAGCAGUGGCGGAGGCAGCAGCAGCCCAGAACGGCACGGUCCCAGAUAACACACAGCUCGUACCCCGGGUCCACAAAAAGAGAGGGCCCAAACCCGGAAGCAAGAGAAAGUCCAAGAUUCUCCACAGCCCGACACAUUUGCCAAGCAUCCAGGUUCCACAAGAAAGUCCUCCGAGCCACAACUCUGUGGUGUCAACAGUGUGUGUGUAUGUGAAUAAGCAUGGAAACUGUGGUCCCCACUUGGACAGGAAGCAGAUGCAGCAUCUGCCAGACCACUUUGGCCCAGGGCCAGUGAACUCUGUGCUCCAGCAAGUAGUCCAGUCAUGUAUAGACUGUGCAUAUCAGCCUAAAGUCCUGCUCAGUGCUCUGCAGUCUGAUUCGGGAGGAGGAGAGGUAGUCAGAGUGAGAACAGAUGGUGGUGUUCGUGUGAUCAGACUACCAUCAGCCUCCAGUGCUUCCUUUGUGUUGCGCUUCUUGGAAACUAUGUGCCGUCAUCUUCAAUGUGACAACCUGUUCAGCAGCCAGCCGUUCAGCCACUACACUGCCUAUGACAGGAACAAGUCGGUGAAAGAGGAGGCGUUGGAUGCUCCUUCCCUGGCUCGGGGCAGUAAACGCAGUUUGUCUGGAGUCUCGCCACCAUAUGCAGCCCCCCUGAGUCCUAAACAUUUACGUGCUGAGGCUCACCCAUCGGAAGAGACUCUGCCCCAUGAAGAAAACGGACUAAUAAAAGAGCAACGCUACAUGGACUCUGCUUCCAACUCCAUGACCCCUCGACCCCAAGCAGCAAGGAGCUCCUCCGAGUACCACUCCAAGGCCGGCAGCCUCUAUCACCAUAGCAACAGUACACCUAUGCGCCGUCAUUCCUCCAACCCUGCAGAGCUCAGCUCCACACAGCCUCUCAGACGAGUUGAAGCAGCCAGCUCCACCACAGGUCCCGAGUCUCUGGGGUCUGAUAGAGACAGUCUGCAGCUGCCCAGUAAAAACCCUGCUUCCUGGUCCAUCGAAGAGGUGAUGCAGUUUGUCAGGGAUGCAGAUCCCACAGCAUUAGCACCUCAUGCUGAGCUUUUCAGAAAACAUGAGAUCGAUGGAAAAGCUUUGAUGCUUCUGCGCAGCGACAUGAUAAUGAAGUACAUGGGUCUGAAACUGGGCCCAGCUCUGAAGUUAUGCCAUCACAUAGAGCGAUUAAAGCAAGGCAAACUGUAACGGGAGCCAUCUGUGACCCUGCCAGCACCAUGAGCAAUAAGCCCAGAGAAAGCCAGUGUUUGGAGCCUGACCUGUGGGGUUAGAUGCAGGGGUUAGAUGUUACACUGUGCUCUUCCUGAAGGGGACAGAUCAGAUGUGAAAACUUCUUCCUGACUUCCAGAAAAAGUGGAAAGUGUGCUGUGCAUUGCUGACGCAUUACCUCAUCCCCCCAUCAGUGAAUAAAAAGCUGUUCAAGACUGAGACAUCACAGACUUGAAGAAAUCCCAAAGGAAAAUAAUCCCUGUAGUGUUUACAUUGCAUAGCACAUGUGCAGACUUGGUAACUUUUCUUUUUUUUUCUUCUUCUUUUUAUUUUCUUUUGAUCCUGGGUUUGGAUCCCCAAAGAUGGAGAAUGUUUCUUCUUAUAUAAUGUUUUCAUUAUUGCUGAAUUUCCAUUUAAUAAGGACGGGUUGGUGUACUGAAAAGAAGAGGAGAAACCUACAAAGCAUCAACGUUCUUCCUGGAACUCGUGAAGAGAAUUUAAGCUCCUGUCUGUGCUGUUUGGCCGUUUUCAUUCGCCACGUUUGCUGAAGAGUAUACCUGUCUGCCUGAAGGAUGCUGUCUUUGGUUAGGACCUUGUCGGUGUUCCUAUAAGAAUCAUGCCUCGCUUUUUUGUUUUGUGUAUUUUUAAACUAAACUUCACAUUUCCCACGAGUGUCCUGCAGAAUCACUACCUGCUGUGAGGCGUCAUGGAUUAUCGUGUCUUACUGGGUCCAAAGUUGCCUCCGUCUGGUCUUCAUGCAGUUCAGCAUCAGUUUGCAUGCACUCCAAGCUCACUCAAGUUGUGAUUUUUAUCAAUUUCCACGGACAAAAUAUUUAGAGAUGCAGAUAAGACAUUUCUAAGGGCUUCUGAUGUUACGUUUAAAUGUACCUUUUUUUUUAUACCAGUCAUAAAUCGUUUAAUCUUGUUGGUCUGAUUGAGACCUCAGUGUUUUCACUUCUGACCAUUAUAGUCACUGUUAACAAUGAAAACAGAUGUGUACAGUUUUAUGGGUUUCACCAUGAAUAUCAGCAACCGAAUGUACAUUUUGUAGAAACCUAAUAUUUUAAGGAAAUCAUAAACAUAAGUCAGAAAUGUGAAGAUAAAAGGGGGGAUGGGGUGAAUAUUUAAACAGUGGUUUCCAUUCUUUUAAUACUUCACACAGCGCUUUUAGUUCAAAUAUUCAAAGUACUAGACUCUGCCUUGCUUUACCUACGGCGUUUUCUCAGGUUUAUGUGCUCUUUCUUGGUAGAAGCUUUUGUAGCAUAAUGUUUAUAACAUACUUCAAUUUUACUGCUUCUUCCCACCUUUUGUCCCCCACUUUUCCUCAGUUUAAGACUUGUGCCAUAUUCAUAUACAACACAGGAACAAAGUGCCGUUGAUUUCUUCUCUUGCAUCUUCUUUAAAGUACUUGAAAAUAUGUGUUGCAAAAUAUCACUUGUUCAUUAAGUCAUAUCAGAUUAAGGAUGUGUUUAUGAUGAUGUGUAUUUUCUGUCUUUUUUUAUUUUCUAUAAACCUAUCAAAACAAG